AUGACACAAUACGGUUUCGACAACCUACAAAUCAAAGGGCGAUUCCUCGAUGCCAAGAUCAACUACGGACACUCAGCCGUGCAUGGUUUGAUGGAUUCGGACUCCCGCUCUGCCAUACAGUACCAGCUUUUGCUGAACCAAACUUCAUCCGAUCUUUCACAAGAGCAAAGACUGCCAGUGAUUUCAAAGCUAAAUGAACAUGCAGCGCCCUCUGAAUCCUUUCUCAAACUGGAUUACGCUGAACAACUGACUAUCAAGAUGGCAUCAGAUAUCACUUCACGUGAAGCUCCCUCUUCUAAAGAAGACGAUCUCUCAGCUGAAAUCUCGAGAAAGAUCGUUGAGGAGGACGUCAAUGGUUUUGAUUGGCCUAAAGACCUUCAGCAGGUGAUCGCGCGAAAAGCAAUGGUCAUUUUAAUGAAAUCGUUCGGUCCCGAAGGCGUCGAACUGUGGCGAAAAGACUUCGACAAUCUGUCUGACGAGUCUCUGGUACGUCUCUUCAAACGAUGGAAUCCUCAUUUCUUUACCUGGUUUCACCAAAAGCUCGGCAUGUGGGUACCAGUCUUAGGUUUCAGAGAAGAGCACAAACGUCGGGAAACUGUGCGAAACGCUUUACGGAACGAGAAGCGGGAUCAGAACGUGGUCGGCGCCUGA